CACACAAUGGCAUCCAGGGUGACGCAGAAGAUGCAGUCCACCUACCAUGGAACCAGAGGCGGUAAGUCACCGCCGGAUAGAUCCAUUCGGAGAAUUCAUGGGUCUGAACGACACAAACAUGGGCCCCUUCGUGACGCGAGCCAUAUUACUGCAACACAUCCAGCUUUGACCCGAUCGAUAAACAUCAUCGUCAUCAGCACCAUUAUGGCGACCUCUCUAUGAGGCCUUUUUCUCUCUUCUGCCGAUUGAUCUUGACUUUCAAAGACAGACAGAUACUCAACUCUCACUCAGCUUUUAUCAUUCUCUUGGAUCUGUCCUCGAACAAAACUGUCCAAUGACGAUUAUGAUGCCACCGUCCAUACCAGGCGAAACACUACGUAUAGCGUAAACAACUGUGGGUUACGCUCUGCCGUUGGUCUAGAACUUUUCGUACAUCUACUACAAUUUCUCUCCUCUUGUCGAAAUGCGUCGAGCUGCUGCUUUGCUGAGUCGAGUCUAGGGCCCGAACGAACAUCAUCCAAAUCCCGAUUGUGGCUAGACUAAAUUCGUUCCAGACGAUCAUCAUAGCCAUCACCCCUUAUGAUAGUUGACUAGUAGUUAGGGGCCAAGCAGAAAGUACAAAAGUCUCUGCUGCUAGUAGUAGUGCGAGUACUCAAGAC